GGACACCAUGUCGACAUAAAACCAAAUUAGUUUCUGCUAAAGUCUUUGCGGCCAGGCUACCUUAAACUCACUCGCCGUAUAUUAACCGGGAAAUUAACUUCGGUAUUAUUCAGAGUCCUUGAACAUGAGUCGGCCGUCGAUCAACGUCAGUUUCAUGACUCGGAAGGUCGACGUCGACAAUCGGAUACCACUUCGCAAUUACUAUCGGAUCGCGGAUAAUAUACUCCGGCAGGCAAAUAUCUACCGAGGAGAGAAGAACAUUAUUGAUUUGUAUAUAAUGCUGCUUAGAUAUUCCAGUUUGUUGACUGAAACUAUACCCUGCCAUCGAGAUUACCAGACUCUGUAUCCAAAAGAAAGAACAUCUUCAAGAAAGACACUUUUAAGAGUGCUAGAUGAGCUAGAGGCUCUAAAGCCGACGUUCCUGCGUCAAGUGAAUGAACUGGAAAAACGUCAAGUGAAAGCUCAACCUUAUCAACUUGAGUCUUCCGAAAUUACUCCAACUGUAUCAUCAAGGAAUUCUUUAGGGCGGCCCGCAUUGGACAAUAAAGCAUCUUCAGGCUAUGACAAUAAGUGGGUUGUAAGCAGCACAACUUCUAAAUGGAAGCAGAACAAUGAUCACCCUCAAGUUUCAUCAUUGAAUUCCAUAGACUUGCAGUUCCAAAAGCUAUCUCUCUCUUUACCUCUUCCAAAGCAAGAAACACUGUCUAGGCACUCCCUUUUAGGCCCAAAUGGUCUUCAUGGCCAAUGGCAUGGACCUAGUGCUGAGAUAAAGGUGAACUAUCCAACCAAUACUUAUUUGGAUUCAGAUGAUAUGUCAAGCCUUAAACAGGUUGGACACUAUGAUCGUAUUGCGUUCAAGGAUGCUGACUCAAAAGUGGAUAAUCCUACCAUGGAAUCAGUUCUCUCAUUGGAUGAUGGUAGAUGGUCGCAGCCUACUGAGGAUGCCAGCUCAUUUUAUGAUGAUGUGAGGAAUGAUAAUCUUUCAUCAAAUAUUAUUCAUCAACCUUCUCCCCCUCCUGUCCUUGCCCAAGUGCAACAAGAGUAUCGGCCAAUUUCUCCCUCCAGAGUUGCUGAUCCAAGACCUGGGCCAGUUAAACCCCAGGAUGGGAUGACUGGUUCUAAUGCUUAUCAACAUCUGCAUAUUCCAGUAAGGAUGAUGGAAGAUUUCUUAAGGUUAGCAAAAGCUAAUACAACAAAAAAUUUAGAAACAUGUGGUGUUCUUGCUGGUUCACUGAAGAACAGAGUAUUUCAUAUCACUACCCUUAUAAUUCCAAAGCAAGAAUCAACAUCAGAUUCUUGCCAGACAUUGAAUGAAGAAGAAAUAUUUGAGGUUCAGGACAAACUCUCUCUUUUUCCUCUUGGAUGGAUUCAUACCCAUCCAUCUCAAACAUGUUUUAUGUCAUCAGUUGAUCUGCACACACAUUACUCCUAUCAGAUUAUGUUGCCAGAGGCAAUUGCAAUCGUCAUGGCUCCUACCGAUGAAUCCAGUCCUCAUGGUAUCUUUCAUUUGUCUGAUCCCGGUGGUGUAUCCGUAAUUCGAAACUGUCAACAGCGCGGUUUCCACCCGCAUGAAGAAGCUGAAGAUGGAAGCCCCAUCUAUGAACACUGUUCUCAUGUGUAUAUGAAUGCAAAUUUGAAGUUUGAUGUAGUAGAUCUUCGAUGACUUUGCAAUUUUGUUUAUUAUCUGAAGCUUAGGAGAAACCUUGUACAGCUUGUAUUCGCACAAUAUGCUGUCGGCCCAUACUAUUACAUUUUGUAAAUUUUUUUUUUUUUUGAAACAAGAUUGGUAGAGUGGGGGUAUAAGGGUAUUGAAUUUGUUUUUUCACCAUAUUGUGUUAACAAUACUACUCAGUGGGUCUAUCCUGAAUGCUAUGGGUAUUAAUUUGAGAUUUAAUAUCUAAAGUGUUGUGAUCUUUCCCUCUUUCUUUGAUCAAUAAAAUAUGAGUACUAUUA